GUUUCCGAAGAAAAAUGUGGUGUUCAUAUGCGCUUCUGAUAACAUUGUUUCAUUCAGUAAUUCUUAAAGACGUUCAACAUCAAAAUGGAAGUAAUCAUCAGAGAGGAAUUGAGUCGUACCGAGAACAAAUCAAAAUACUUAAAGAUAAAAUCGAACAAAACCUUCAUCCUGACUCAGAAAAACUUAAAAAAUAUAUGGAAUGUGAAUUUGGACGCUUAAAUCUGAAAUAUUCGCCUAAGCUUUUCAAAGAUCUAAGCCGUUCUGAAGCAGGGUACCUCAAAACAUGUUUCGAUUCGCAAGCACAUUCUUAUUAUGAAGAGUCUGAAUCAGAGGGAUGUUAUUUACCGGAGUAUUACAAUAAAUAUGAUAUUAACCGCUUGUCGAAUACUUUAGAAAUGGAACGCAUGUUCAUCAAUGAGUACAACUUGGAUUCAUUUGCUUAUAGAAUACUGGGAAGAGUUUUAAUGGAAAUAAAUAAGUUGAGUGCACCAACACACAUUCAGCGAUUGUCACCUGCAAUGACGAUUGGUAUUUAGGAAUUCUUACUAUCCACUUACUUGUUUCCUGAAAAAAAAUGUUUCGUCUAUAUUUAUAAAUUGCAUUACUACUUUUAAAUCAAUAAAUGGAUAUUUG